GCAGAUCCUAUAUAUACGAGACCCAAUACCCUGGUAGAGAGUCAAAGCAGCCAAACCAUAUCGCUUCUUCACCCCGCAUUUGGUCCAAGUUGGUUUAAUUGAGAAGUUUUGCAAAGGGUUUGAGCUUGACCAGGGGAAUUCGGAAAAUCCCAUUGCACAGUUGAAAGCACUCAUAAACUGCAACCAUGUCUUUCGAGGGUCCAAGGCAAGUCACUGCCCACGAUGCGACCACGGCACAAGAUGGUCCAGAAAGUGUGCCCGCGGUUGGGAAAGAACAUAAAUCACCAGACCUCGUCCAACAAGUCCUUUCCAGGACCCAGGGCGACGUGGUCAACCUCCAACAAGCCCGCGAUGCUACAGCUAUCGAGCACACCUUGUCCAUCAAGCAAGCCCUCCGUGUCUACGCUCCGGCGAUCAUCUGGGUUAUGCUUUUCAGCAUGGGCAACGUCAUGGUCGGCUUCGAUCCUCAACUCACCGGUACUCUGAUCGCCAUCCCCCAAUUCCAAAGGCAGUACGGCCACUUAUUCGAGGGUGCAUACGUUGUCAAGGCACAGUGGCAAUCUGCAUUCAACCUUGGUGCGCCUCUGGGCGCCAUAAUCGGCUCAUACUUCAUCGGCUGGCCACUUGACCGCUGGGGUCGUCGAUGGGCGCUCGGCGCUUGCAGCGUCGGUUCAAUCAUUGCUGUAGCCAUCCAAACCUCCGGACAGAGCAAAGUGCAGCUGCUCCUUGCAGAGUUGCUGAACGGGUUGUUUAUUGGCGGCUACUCUGUCGUCGUCCCGACCUACAUCUCGGAAAUCACUCCUGUGGUCCUCCGUGGUGUUGCCACCGCCUCGAUCAAUAUCUUCCAGGUUGCCGGCCAGCUCGUUUGCAGCGGUAUCCUGGCAGGUACUGAGAACCGUCCUGACCGUUGGAGCUACGACAUCCCAUUCGCAUGUCAGUGGUUCUUCCCGUUGGUCAUUUUCGUCGGCGUCUUUUUCGCUCCCGAGUCGCCUUGGUGGCUGGCACGUCAGGGAAAGAACGAGGCGGCUCGCAAGGCGCUCGAUCGCAUCACCACAAAGGAAAUCGACACGGAAACGUUGUUGGCAAACAUCAUUCUCACGACUGAGCUUGAAGAAGCACAAAUGUUGGGUGCCCGAUUCGUCGACAUCUUCAAGGGAUCCGAUCUUCGCCGCACAAUCAUCGCCAGCAUGGCCUUCUGCAUCCAGGUUUUUAGUGGCACGGCCUUUGUCAUUGGCUACUGCGUCUACUUUUUCGAGCUCGCUGGUCUGGGUACAUCGAGCGCCUUUGGUCUUGGCUGUGGUGUCCUCGGCGUCGGAUUCGUCGGAAACUGUCUCUCCUGGAUCCUCAUUGCCAAAUAUGGCCGACGACACAUCUAUCUGUUCGGCUUACUGGCACUGUCUGUCGCUUUGCUUCUGAUUGCCGUUCUGGAUGUCGUUCCUUCCUAUGGCUCCAACUCCUCUAUCAGAUGGGUCCAGUCUUCGAUGAUGUUGUUGUGGAACUUUGUGUACGACCUGACCAUCGGCCCUGUCGCCUAUAUCAUCCUUUGCGAGUCAUCCUCGGCUAGAAUGAGAGGUUAUACCAUUGGCUUUGCCACCGCCAUGCAGUUUGUGGCCAAUCUUGUCGCCGUUAUCGGCGUUCCGUACGCUAUCAACCCUGAAGUUGGCAACUUGCGUGGCAAGUUGGGUUUCGUCUACUUUGGAGUCUGCAUUCCGUGCAUUGCUUGGGUCUGGUUCGGACUGCCCGAGUUUAAGGGUCGAACUUUUGAGGAGUUAGAUGCUAUGUUCGAGGCUCGUGUACCAACACGGCAAUUCUCCAAGUAUGUCUUUGAGGAUGAGGUGCACAACCUUGGUCACGAUGUUCCAGGUGGCGAAAAGAAGAUCGAAGAGUAGAGUUUUGGGGCUGGGGAGGGAUUCGGCGGUCAGUGUGUUGUCAGGUUGGGUGUUUGUCGAGGUGUGGAUUACUUUAGGUAGUGAGAAGUGGGCGCUAGAUUUACUGUACAUGGGCGUGCAAUAAAACCACUUGUUUGGUUUCAACUGGACAAACCUUAUACUUCUCAAUCGACCAUGCUAGAUCCCGCAAUAUUCAAGGGCCAGCA